AUGUAUGAAAUGAACAAUAUACUCGACAAGGGUUUGAAUGUAAAGCUAACGAAUGAAAAUAUUGUUGAAUUCACUGAGACAGGAGCUGUGUAUAAAGAUGUAGAACUACUGAACAAAAGAGCAAAGGGAAGAAGCAGGAACAUGAACAAAGGGUGGAAGCCUAUAAAAAUUUAUGUCAAUGAUGGCUCAGGAGGUUCAAACAUAAAGUAUGCAGAAAGUUAUAGAGUUUAUGCUCUCAAAGGUGAAAAGCCUUCAUUUAAGAACAGCUAUUCUAACGCAUAUCCUCAAAAGCUAACGGAUGGGGAAGUGGAUGAUAUGAAUGACAGCAAAAAUAUUAACAGAAAUGGCGACAGAGAUGCAUGGAAUUUGUUUACCAUCAGUCAAUUGA